AUGGAGGAGCACGUUGAUCUUGUGGUCGUCGGCGGUGGUCCAACUGGCCUUCUCUCAGCCCUUUUGGCCCGUCGUCUUGGUCUCACAGUCAGCAUAGUUGACGCAAAAUCUGGGCCACUGGACUUGGGAAGAGCAGAUGCUCUCAAUGCUCGGACUCAGCAAUAUUUCGAGGUGGUUGGCAUAUUGGACGAGCUGAUCCCUCAAAGUUUGAAAUGCAACACGAGCUCGACGUUUGGCGAUGGCCAAUGGAAAUCCCGCCAGAACAAGUGGUGGGUGAGCCUUGAGCAUUGCCUGCACAAGAAUUUCCUUAUGAUCGGCCAGCCAGUGGUGGAGAGGAUCAUGACCGAGCGCCUCAAGGAGCUCAAGACUAGUGUACACUACAGCGAGAACGUUUGCGGCAUCGAGGAGUCGGACGACAGUGUCUCCGUGACUACCGAUCUGGGCCGCAAGAUCCACGCAAAGUACGCUCUUGCUGCCGAUGGCGCCCGCUCCACAAUCCGGAAUGCACUCGGCAUCAGCUUCACCGGCACAAAGCCCGAAAUGCUCUGGGCAGUCCUCGACACCUUCAUCGAGACUGACUUCCCUGUGUCGCCAGAGAUUGUGACCUUCGAGCUCAAUGGUCAGGCUCGCGUUUCCUGGAUUCCAAGGGAGCGUGGCAUGGCUCGGUUCUACGUCCUCCUUGAAGGUGAAGUGACCCAGGAGAGGGCGGAAAAUAGUAUCCGGGAGCAUCUUGCACCACACAAAGUGGAGUUCAAGAAGACGGAGUGGUUCAGCACAUUUGAUGUCAAAGAGAGGAUCGCAGGCACCUUUGUCACAAAGGAAGGCCAAGGGCGCAUCUUGCUUGCGGGAGACGCCGCACACGUGCAUUCGGUCAACGGCGGCCAAGGGCUGAAUACCGGCAUUGCAGAUUCGUUCGCACUAAGCUGGCGAGUAGCAAUGGCUGUCAAAAACAAGGGGCUGACCCCUGACGGCGCUCUGAAGCUUAUCCGCAGCUACGAUACGGAAAGAAGGACAGUUGCCCAGAACGUUAUUGACGUUGCAGCGGCCCUGGUCCGAGACACCGUCCGAACUGCCACAAAGUAUGUCUCGACGAUCGAGAAGAAUGCUGGCUACAUCACAGGAAUGGGUGUCUCCUACGACGAGGUCGGGUCAGAGCUUAUCCAGGUCUCCAGCAGGGGCCUGUGGAUAGCUGGGAAACGAUGCCCUGACUUUGAGCUUACGCCAGCUACCGACGGCUCAAAGGAGGCCAGUCGUUUGUAUUCCAUGGUUGAGUACGGCAAGUAUCUAAUUUUUGCCAUCGGGAGACCGCUUGACCCCCACAUCACAUCCAGCUUCAAGGAUGUUUCCAGAGUUCUUACGUUGCUCCCUGCAAGCUCUGGUGUGACGCAACCAACCGAGGAUGUAUUCAAGUCGGAGCUGAUCGGGCCCGACGAGUCAUUCACUGUCGUCAUUCGGCCGGACAUGUAUAUUGGUUACGUCGGAGAUGAACAAGGCUGGAAAGACUAUAUGUCAAGGGUGUUUGCUUAG